AUGGUUACGAGUUGUUGUGUCCCUGAAUGCAAUCAGAAAGGAAAGAAGCCGCCCACAGGAGAGAAAGUUUCUUUCUUUGAAUUCCCACGCACUCCUACGAGGAGAAAACAGUGGAUUCACGCAAUUCGCCGUGAAGAAGGAAAGGAUUUUAAGAUCGUCGAUGGAACAAAAGUUUGUUCCCUUCAUUUUAGGCGAGAAGAUUUAAGAAAAUCAUUCAAUGGACGGGCUUAUGUGGUUCCCGGUGGCGUUCCAACCAGAUUUUCGUCGUCAGUUCCAUCUCCAAGGAAAAGAAAAGCUCCUCCAGAAAGACAUCCUCUGCCUCAGAAGAAAUUAUUUGCAACAACGUCUGCUUCCUCUGAUCACACCGAGUUACAUGUAGUGAGCGAAACAGAUAUCACGGCGGAAUCACUUUCCAAGUCGACGGCAACUGCCUCUAACCGAAAUACUGAGCCAAACGAUACUUGUUCGGAGUUAAAUGCGCCAAAAAAGAUCGAGGAACUGGAAGAGGAGGUGUUAAAACUUCGACAGGAAAACACUGAGCUAAAAAAGAAAUUGGACGAGGUAGAGAAACAGAACGAGGCUAUCUCGGCCCGACUAUUUUCUCUGGAACGCUUUACAUCAGACGCUGACAUCAACUUUUAUACUGGCCUUCCAAAUUAUGCUACUUUCCUCGCCUUAUUUAACUUUUUGAACCCGGGUGAAAAUGGAGAAAACAUUCGUCCAAGAAGCACCUUAAAAGAUGUGCCAGAGGAUUUUUAUGAUGUGGACUCUGAUGAUGAAGAAAACAUUUCACCUGCAAAGAAAGGACGCCCACGAAAACUCAAACCAGUUGAAGAAUUUUUAUUGUCUUAUGCCGCCUGA